AUGCCUCCAAGAAGGAGUACUCGCAGCAUGAGAGAAAAUCCUGAAAGCCAAACACUCGAUAUAGCACGGUUGAUAGCUCAGCAAAUUCGGGAGGCAGUACCAACUAUUGUCGCUCAGGUUACAGCGGGAAUUAAUGCAAGUCAAAGGAGUGAGGGAGGCCCUAACACCGAGAAUCCCGUCAGGGAGGAGAACUGUAACACCAAUGAUAGAGGAUGCAGUUACAAGACAUUCAUGUCCUGCAAGCCAAAGGAGUUUCAUGGUAAAGAAGGUGCAAUUGGAUUACUAUCAUGGAUUGAGAGCAUGGAGUCGGUACUCCAUAUUAGCAAGUGUUCCGAGGACUGUAAAGUGAAGUAUGCAACAUGCCAACUCCAGGGAAGAGCCCUAACUUGGUGGAACAUUCAAGUUCAAACCCGUGGUCGCCAAGCUGCCUAUGAGUUAUCAUGGGAAGAACUCAAAAAGUUACUCAUCGAAGAGUAUUGUUCUAAGAGCGAAAUUCAGAAAUUGGAAGUUGAAUUCUGGAAUCACAUCAUGAUUGGAAUGGAGGUGGACAAAUACACAGCUCGUUUUCAUGAGCUUGCCAAGUUAGUACCUCAUAUGGUCACUCCAGAGGAGAAACAAAUUGAUCGGUACAUCUGGGGAUUGGCACCUGAAAUCCGAGGGAUGGUCACUUCGGUAAACCCAACCACUAUACAAAACGCGGUGGUGUUGGCAAAUCGUCUGACAAAUGAUGCAGUUAGAUUAGGGAUUUUAAAGCAAGACAAAUUUGGUGGAAAUAGGAAACUAGAGGGGCAAUCGUGGAAAAGGACCAACAACGAUUUAGGCAAAAACCAAAAAGUGAUAAGAAACUUUGGGGCUCAGUCUCAAACAGGAGAAAAGGGCAAGGGGACUUACCCUAAAUGUGGCAAGUGCAAUUAUCACCAUAGCGGGAGAUGCGUUAUUUGUUUCAAAUGCAAUAAAGGAGGUCAUAUCGAUAAAGAUUGCAAGAUCAGAGAGAAUCAAUCAUGCCAUAAGUGUGGAAGCCCGAAUCACUUCAGGAAUGCAUGCCCGAAAUUGAACCAAGAGUCAGCUACUAACCCAGCACGACCAAUCAACCAAGGAAAUCAAGGAGGCCAAGCACGAGGUCGAGCGUUUACAAUUGGAGUGGAAGAAGCCAAGCAAGACUCAAAUGUGAUCACAGGUACAUUUCUUCUGAAUAACCAUUACCCAUUCAUACUAUUUGAUUCUGGAGCAGAUAGAAGCUUUGUAUCCCUAGAAUUUAGACCAAAGAUUGGUUUAAAGUCGCAAAAGCUGAAAGAAGAUUUCGUUAUCGAAUUUSCUAAUGGUCAGGAAGUUAGGACUAAAGACGUAAUCACMAAUUGUACAUUACAUUUAGCUGAACAAAACUUUAGCAUAGACCUUAUUCCAAUUAGAUUAGGAAGCUUCGAUAUCGUUGUGGGUAUGGAUUGGCUAUCCAAAAAUCAAGUCGAGAUAUGUUGUUCUGAGAAGACCAUUCAAAUUUUGAAAGGAAGUGAAACGCUCGUGGUGCAUGGAAGAAGUCCCACAGAAAUUUCAAGUUAG